UUAAUGGGAGCAGCAACUGUAGCAGCAGAAAGCUAACUAAAGCGACGUCGGAACAAGAACAUAAAACAUCCAAGAGAACUGGCCCAGUCUCAACUCAGAAGCGGCGGUGUAUAGUAAUUGUGCGGACGAUUAACAAAGCAGCCGUACAAUACGUUCAAAGAAAGUUUGUCAAAACACAGGGGGAAAAGUGAAAUUGUUAAUGAACCACAAAGUAAAAAAAUACGCGAAUAAUUUCAGCAAUAUCAACGUCUGAGAGUAGUUAGUGAAAAGUGAUAAAAAUCGUGUGUUCAAAAGGUCGUUAAUUAAUAAAUAUUAGAAAAUAAUACAUUUAAAUACAAGAAAUAUUAACAGAGGUUUUUGACUGACAACCAGCUGCUGCUGAUUUUCCUCUCUUGAAUAUUUUGUUGUUUGACCAGUGGUUUCUGCCAGUUUAGAGAUUGUUGUUGAGUAUCUUCUUCAAUAACAUCUUUAAAAUAAUUAAAAAAAUUCAAAAACUCAAGCUUGUACACCAACAACGUGUUGUUUACAGCAACAAACAGCUCAUCUUUACUAGAAACUAUUUUCCAGGCAGUUAGACCGACAGAAAUUUAGUACACUUUUGAUACGAGAUGGCUCCCCCCACUGUUUUAGUAACGGGUGGUGCUGGCUAUAUUGGUUCCCAUACCGUUUUGGAAAUGUUAAACGCUGGUUACAAUGUAGUUUGCGUCGAUAAUUUGUGCAAUGCCUACAGUUCCAGUACGGCAAAACUUCCCGAAGCAUUAAAUCGUGUCCAAGAAAUAACUGGCAAAAAAGUUCAUUUUUAUCGCGUCGACAUAACUGAUCGUGAACAAGUGCGCGCAGUUUUUCAAGAGCAUAAAAUUGAUAUGGUAGCACAUUUUGCUGCCCUUAAAGCUGUUGGUGAAUCAUGUCGCAUUCCAUUGCAAUACUACCACAACAACAUGACUGGCACCAAUGUCUUGCUAGAGGCCAUGGCUGACAACAACGUUUUUAAAUUCGUGUACAGUUCUAGUGCUACCGUCUAUGGAGAACCACAAUUUUUACCAGUCACAGAGGAGCAUCCAACUGGAAAUUGCACUAGUCCCUAUGGCAAAACUAAAUACUUUACAGAAGAGAUUCUAAAGGAUUUAUGCAAAUCAGAUAAGCGUUGGGCAGUUGUUUCUUUGCGUUACUUUAAUCCUGUGGGUGCACAUCCCACGGGACUCAUUGGAGAAGAUCCAAAUGGUGAACCAAAUAAUUUAAUGCCAUACAUAGCUCAGGUAGCUGUGGGCAGACGUGAUUGUCUACAAGUUUACGGUACCGAUUUCCCCACCAAAGAUGGUACUGGCGUACGUGAUUAUAUACACAUCGUUGACUUGGCUGAAGGUCAUGUUAAAGCUUUAGAUAAACUACGUAAUAUAGCAGAGACUGGUUUCUUUGCCUAUAAUCUUGGAACAGGCGUAGGCUAUUCUGUGCUGGAAAUGGUUCAUGCCUUUGAAAAGGCUUCCGGCCGUAAAAUUAAUCAUAAACUUGUCGAAAGACGUGCCGGUGAUGUGGCCACCUGUUUUGCCGAUGCUUCUUUGGCUGCAAAAGUUUUAGGAUGGCAAGCUACUCGGGGUAUUGUUGAAAUGUGUGCUGAUACCUGGCGUUGGCAGAGUAAUAACCCCAAUGGUUAUGCUGUAAAAUGAUUUUGAUUAUUACCAAUUGCAUUUCUAAACUUUAUUAUAUGAUAACAAAACAUUCUUGAAACCAUGUAUUUUUUAAAUGUUUAUUCAAUUAAUUAUGUGUGUCUGUCUGUUUAUAUUAGUGAGUGUACAUAAGUCGUAGUAUAUCUUGCCUUCUUGUCGCCGCUGAUUUUUCUGAUGACAGAAACGAUGCUCUCCUAUGUACAUCUAAUAUAUACAGUACAAUACAAUAUUUUAUAUCAUUGAUGUUGUGUUUGUUUUGUUGUUUUUUUUUUUAUUUGCUUUAAAGUACACAAAUUAGUCAUUGUUUAACUAAAAAUUCAUAUAAUAUGUUAUUUUAUGUAAAAACAUGUUUUUCCCCUAUAACAAAUAUUUUUUGUUCCUUUAUUUCUUUAUUGUCUGUUUUAGUUUUUAGAUAAACAUAACUUUAUGAAAGAAAAUUAUAAAUAUUUAGUUCAAUUAUGAAAUUCAAAUGCAUUUAAGCAUUGCAUAACAUAUACAUACAUACUACUUUAAAUUAUAUUAUAUUAUUACGUGUAUUACCUAUGUAAAGAAAUAUAUUAUUGUAAAAGCAAAAAAAGGAAGAUUAUUUUAUGCAAAUAAAAAUGUGUAAAAGAUUUUUAA